GUUUUUAAUUGAAUUGCGAAUUUCUAUAUAACCAAACCCUAAUUCGUCCCUCUGUGUAAUUAUGAGUGUUUCAAAUUCAGCCUCAGCCAUGGCCAAUUCCAACAAUUUUUUUCCAACUUCCUCCCUCAGCCCCACACUACUCUCUUCUCCAUCACUUCCAAUUCCCCCCAUUUCACCCUCAGAUCCAUGGCCUUUUCCUUCUAAUUGAAUUUCCCAUCCCCGCAAAAAAAAAACCCUAAUUUCAAAAUCCCCCUUUUUCUCACCAUUUUAAUUUAAUUUCUUCCUAAUUUGGAUAUUCUGGUCCAGAUGGGCGGCGGAGAUAGAAGCACGAGGAGCGGCGGCGGCGGCGGCGGCCACGGCAAAAGGCAAGGCUCCGCCACCGCCGCCGUCCCGAAAGGGUGCUUGGCCGUGAAAGUGGGCCACCAGGGGGAAGAACAGCAGAGAUUUGUGGUGCCGGUGAUGUAUUUCAAUCACCCGCGGUUCAUGCAGCUGCUCAAAGAGGCGGAGGAGGAGUACGGAUUCGACCAGAAGGGGACAAUCACCAUCCCUUGCCACGUGGAGCAGUUCCGGCACGUGCAGUGCAUGAUCGACCGCGAAAAUUCCUUCCGCCGGCACCACCACCACCACGUCGGAUGCUUCCGGGUUUCAUUCUGACAAAAAAAAAAUGAAAAUUUUAUUCCCACUUUUUUUUUUCUCUGUAAAUUUCUCUGCAAUUGGAGUCUGUAAUCCCAAUCCAAAUAAAUACUUCCAUAAAUAUACUUUUUCUAA